AUGAAAUCUGGCUCUGCAGACGCAAUCAGUUCUCUUCCAGAUGAGAUACUUGCUCAGAUAUUGUCCUCUCUUCCCACUAAACGAGCUGUUUCUACGUGUAUCCUCUCCAAAAGGUGGAAAAAUGUGUUUCCAUUGGUGAAUCAUCUCUUUGCAUGUCAACAUCAUUUAUACUUUGACGACUCGGAUCGUUUAUACUUUGACGACUGGAAUUUACUGGAGGACACGUGGGAGUUGAGAGACAGGAAGAAAGUGUCAAGAUGGUCUUAUCUGUUUUACUCUUACAAGCAAAUGGAUACGCGUUGCCUUGGAACGAGGUCUCGUGGAUCUUGA